CCUCUCUUCAGUACGCUGCAAAUUCGGUAAAAUUACAACCCAAAUGCAAUUCAUCGCACCUGGUGACCUAGCCACGUUUUAGUUAUCAUCUCGUCUGACCACCAUCCCCCACGGAUUGUCACCGAGGCAUCAUCCAUCAUCCCUUAUCCUCAAUUUUUGACACGCUUUGUUCGCGAUAUGUACGAAAAUCAGACUGACCUAACUAGCAUCCUCAUCCAACUAUGCGAACAUUCUGAUAUCUUGACAACCAAACUCGUCCCGGAGCUCCUCCAAUCCGUCUGGGUUACACCUGUUGGACCCAUAGACCCCACUAACGCGCUGAUAGAUCGCGCUAUCGCUAUCAUUCACGCAUGGAAUGCAGAUGAUCAGGCAGAAUUCAUCAUCGCACAUCCUAGGAUCGGGGAGGUCAAACAACUCUCCGCGUUGAGUGCCAAAGAGCAAAGUGGCGGCCUCUCCGCCACCACAAGGGUGGAGACACCCCCAGAGGUGCUGAAACGACUAGAACACCUGAAUGCGUGUUACGAGCAUGUGUACCCCGGAUUGAGGUACAUCACGUUCGUGAAUGGGAGAACUAGGGCUGCAAUUGCGAGGGAGAUGGAGGACAAGCUGCAGCUCGGACAUCCUUUGGAGAGCUAUCCUCACGGGCCUCCGCUGAACGAGCCGGUGACAGAAGGCCUGAUUUGUGUCCCAAAGAAUAGUGAGGAUUGGUUGAACGAGCUGAAACGAGCGGUGGAUGAUGUAGGGAAGAUUGCAAAGAGUAGACAGAAGUCAGUGGGGCUGUAAUGGCAUUGAGAUUGUAUUGAGCCGACAGAUUGGAGUUCCGUAUGUACAGUCUGUCACUAGAUGUCCACGGAGACUAUAGCAAAUAAAUCACGGGCAGAUCAAUGAACGAACGAACACAAACACAACCUCGAAUCGAAC